GAUUAUUCCUUUCUCUUUCCAUCCGGCUGCCACUACUGCUCGUCUUUAAACGGAGCCCAAAAUCUUAUUAAAUUUGAUAAAUAUCACUAAAAUUCGACAAUUAAUUGUGCUUUCUUCCAAAUAAAUUAUUUAUCCCGGUGUAAUUUUUUGCGUAAUCAGUUUGAUCUCUAAAAUAUACGUCCAAUUUCCCAAUUUAUCCGUAAAUCGUUGUGACUGUGAGCUGUCUGUAAUCUAUUCAAUUAUUCGUCAUUUGCCAGGUUGCACAUUUUAAUUGUUAAUUGCAAACAUAUUGACUUGAUUACAUAAGUGAUAAAUGUGGAUUUGCACAUGUAUUUAUUCACAGUGUGAAUUUCACACUGCCUAAAGACUGUUAUUAUAUCUACCCAGUUUUAUAAGAUUUUUUGAUAAAUAAUACUUCUAUUGACAUUUAUUACACAAGUUCUUAAGUUAUUUGAACAUAUUAAGUUUAAUUGAGCGAAAGUUUAAUUUAUUUAGUUAAAUCAUUAUGUCUGUGAGACAAACACCGUUAACAUGUCACGGUCAUACGCGACCCGUCGUGCACUUGGCGUUCAGUGCAAUUACGGAGAGUGGAUAUUUCGUAAUGUCGGCGUGUAAAGAUGGAAAACCAAUGUUACGCCAGGGCGACACCGGUGACUGGAUUGGGACGUUUGAAGGUCACAAGGGGGCAGUUUGGGGGGUGGCUUUGAAUAGAGAUGGGACUAAGGCUGCUACGGGGGCAGCGGAUUUUAGUGCCAAGAUUUGGGACGCUAUGAGCGGAACGGAAAUACAUUCAUUUCAACAUAAUCAUAUCGUCAAGUCUGUCUGCUUUAACAGUAACGGGACCCAAUUGGCGACUGGAAGUAAUGAGAAAUUGAUAAGAAUUUUCGACUUGGAACGCCCCGAUGCUGAUGCCCUGAAAAUGGCUGGUCACGAAUCCAACCUUCGUCACUGUGCCUUCUUCGGGGAUAAGUGCGUAGUCAGUUGUUCGGAUGAUAAGACCCUUCGACUCUGGGAUAUCAAUAGUGCUCAAGCCGUAAGAAAGUUAGAAUUCCCCUGCGUUGUCGAAGAUAUUCAGGUUGGUUUAAUUAAUUUUAAUUCAAGUUGGUUUAAUUUGAAAAAUGAAAAAAAAAAUUUAAUUCAGGUUUGUUACGCCACGCGGAUCUUGACUCUUACGUACGGAAAUAUUGUUGCCUUUUGGGAUUUGGAUACCAUGACAUUAAUUAAAGAGUUUAAAGUUCCAACCCAAGUACAUUCUGCUUCCUUGAAACCUGAUCAAUCCAUUUUCGUUUGUGGGGGUGAAGAUUUCAAAAUUUAUAAAUACGACUACAACUCUGGAGUCGAGCUUGAUGCAUUUAAGGGACACUUUGGACCUGUUCACUGUGUCCGAUUCUCUCCUGAUGCAGAAUUAUAUGCCUCAGGUUCUGAGGACGGUACCCUCCGACUUUGGCAGACUAAUGUGGGAAAGAAUUACGGCCUUUGGAAAUGUGUACAAGGAACUGUUGCAGAAAAUGGGAAAGGAUCUGAUUUGUCAGACCUUAACUAAUUAGUAAAUAAUAAGAAUAAUCGGUCCAUUUUAAAUAUGACCACAGUAUUCAAAAGUUUAUGUAUAAAGAAAUUAUCUCUGUGAUUUGGUGUUCUUGGAUUGGAUGAGUCAGUCUUCAUAAACGAUAUUUAAUUAUUUAUUAUUGUGCUAUUUAUUUGGUUAAAUAUGGGUUAAUUUUCCAACUAUUUGAAAUUGAUCCAAUUCUAUUCCCAGUGAUGUUUGACGAAAAACAAAAUAUGUAAGUAUUGGGCUCAAUAAGAAAGUGUAAUAUGAAAAUAAAUAAUAUUUGGAAUUUGUGACAAGAAUUGUUAA